AUCGAUGGUUUUAAAAGGAGCUCCUCGCCUCCUCCCCGGCAGAACCGUUAACGUUAGGGUUCCGUUAUCUUAUCCUACUCUACUCCACUGCGGUGGCCCCCUUCUCUGAUCUCUCGGAUGCCGCCAUGGCUCGCCUCACCUUGGAGCAAAUCUCCCGCGAGAACAAGAACCGCGAAGUCGUCGAGACCACUUCGCUUCAGCUCUCCCAUCGAGCACUCUCCGAUGUCUCGUGUUUGAGUAAAUUCCAGAACUUGGAGAGGCUCGACCUCAGCUGCAAUUGUCUCUCAACUCUCGAGGAUCUGUCUUCGUGCAUCAAUUUAAAAUGGCUCUCUGUCGUGGAAAACAAGCUUGAAAGCUUAAAAGGGGUUGAAGGUCUCACUAAGCUGACAGUGUUAAAUGCUGGAAAAAAUAAGCUCCGAACAAUGAACGAAAUUAGAACUGUCACAAGCUUACGAGCUUUAAUUCUGAAUGAUAACAACAUAUCUUCCAUCUGCAAGCUUGAUCAGCUACAGCACUUGAAUACGCUCGUUCUUUCACGAAAUCCAAUUCAUGAUAUCGGUGACUCGAUGAUGAAACUGAAGUCUAUCAGAAAACUGUCCCUCUCCCAUUGUCAAAUCGAAAAUAUUGGAUCUUCUCUGAUGUCAUGUGUGGAUCUGAAGGAAAUCAGAUUUGCUCACAACAAGAUCACGACUCUCCCAAGUGAACUGGCACAGAACAUCAAACUCCAAAAUUUUGAUCUGGGGAACAAUCUGAUUGAGAAUUGGUCAGACUUAAAGGUUCUUUCUGCAUUACACAACUUAAAAAACCUCAACUUACAAGGAAAUCCUAUUGCUGAGAAAGAUAAGUUAGUUAGGAAGGUCAAAAAGUUGUUACCAAAUUUGAGGAUAUUCAAUGCUAAACCCAUAGAAAAGGGUAGCGGGAGUGAGAAAAUCUCUGGAGAGGAUGGCUUGUCUUGCAGUAAGGAUGAUCUUCCUCUCCAUAAUGCCCCUGAAAUUGAAGCAAAGGAUGAAGUAAAGAGGAAAAGACCCAAAUUAGAUGUUAAAGCCUGUGCAGAGAACAUAUUGAAAAGCUCUAGUGAGGAAGAUCGUGUCUUUCAAGUUUCCACUAUUGUUAAAACUAAAAGGGAAAUAAAGGAGAAAAAAGCAAAAUCAAGUGUAAAAACCAAGAAAAUUAAUGCAUUUCAAUCAGAGGAUUGCAAUUCUCCUGGUGAUGCUACUGAUCUAAAAAAGGCAAAGGAAUCAAAGAGGAGGAAGCCUGUGAACAAAGAACAGAGCAAAUUUGAGGGAAUUGAUGAUGCAGAAACACCAUUAUUAGACCUUGUUCUAUCAGAUAAGACUAGUCAACAGUUGGACAACAAGAAGGACAAUGAAGUAGUUUCGGAUACAAAGUUGCUUGGAGGAUUGGUGGUGGACCAUGCUAAGAAGAAGAAAAAGGUUAAAGGCAUAGGUAUGGGCUAUUCAGCAUUUCGGUUCCUGGCCCCAGUCUCAGAAAUCGGAAUGGGUGGGCCAUCAGCAUGGGAUGAUUAGUCCGUAAUCAAACUCUUACAAGCAUUUGCGAACACUGUCAUUAAUCUCUUUUAAGUAUGAUACUUGAACUUAGAUAUUUUCUCAAAAUUGUUUCAUGUGGUGUAUGAAUAUCAAUCUGCCAUUAUUUUUUUAGCCAUCUAUAGACUAUAGUCAGUCACAUUAAAGAAAAAUAAAUAAAUAUUGUCUAAGUAUCACCUUUUGUAUCUAUAAUUAUCUGAUCCAUCAAUAUUGCGAUA